UGUCGCCUCGGCCGCCGCCGGCCCGGACUCGCCCAGAGUGCAGGGUGUGUGCCCCGCUGCGCGUGGAGCGCGGAGGCUCCUCCAGCCCCAGCUCGUCGCCCCGGCCCGCGCGCGGGUCCCGGAGGGCGCCGACCCCACCAUGCAGCUGCAGUUCCGGAGCUGGAUGCUGGCCGCGCUCACGCUGCUCGUGGUCUUCCUCAUCUUCGCAGACAUCUCGGAGAUCGAAGAAGAAAUCGGGAAUUCUGGAGGCAGAGGUACAAUCAGAUCAGCUGUGAACAGCUUACAUAGCAAAUCUAAUAGAGCUGAAGUUGUAAUAAAUGGUUCUUCACUGCCAGCUGUUGUUGAUAGAAGUAAUGAAAGCAUUAAGCACAGCAUCCAGCCAGCUUCAUCCAAAUGGAGACACAACCAGACGCUCUCUCUGAGGAUCAGGAAGCAGAUUUUAAAGUUCUUGGAUGCAGAGAAGGAUAUUUCUGUCCUUAAGGGGACCCUGAAGCCCGGAGACAUUAUUCAUUAUAUCUUUGAUCGAGACAGCACAAUGAAUGUGUCCCAGAACCUCUAUGAACUCCUCCCCAGAACCUCCCCCCUGAAGAACAAGCAUUUCCAGACUUGUGCCAUCGUGGGCAACUCGGGCGUCUUGCUGAACAGCGGCUGUGGGCAGGAAAUUGACACGCACAGCUUUGUCAUAAGGUGCAACCUGGCUCCAGUUCAGGAGUACGCCCGGGACGUGGGCCUCAAGACAGAUCUAGUGACUAUGAACCCGUCAGUCAUCCAGCGUGCCUUUGAAGACCUGGUGAAUGCCACAUGGCGGGAGAAGCUGCUGCAGCGACUUCAUGGCCUCAAUGGGAGCAUCCUGUGGAUACCUGCCUUCAUGGCCCGGGGUGGCAAAGAACGUGUGGAGUGGGUCAACGCCCUCAUCCUGAAGCACCACGUCAAUGUACGCACGGCUUACCCUUCCCUGCGCCUGCUGCACGCAGUCCGAGGAUAUUGGCUGACCAACAAAGUCCACAUAAAAAGACCAACUACUGGCCUCUUGAUGUAUACCCUGGCCACACGCUUCUGCAAUCAGAUCUACCUCUAUGGCUUCUGGCCUUUUCCACUGGAUCAGAAUCAGAACCCUGUCAAGUACCACUAUUAUGACAGCCUCAAGUAUGGCUAUACCUCCCAGGCCAGCCCCCACACCAUGCCCUUGGAAUUCAAGGCCCUCAAGAGCCUGCAUGAGCAGGGGGCAUUGAAACUGACUGUCGGCCAGUGUGAUGGGGCUACGUAAGGAUGGCAGCCCAUGGGACUCAAUGGCUCACUUUCCUGCCAGCUACACCACAGGCAGAUGGGAGUCGGGGUGGCACAGACAAUAGAACAAGCAGGCUAGUGGUUUCCUUUGUUAAAGUGUAAAACAGUGACCAGAAUAUAUAUAUCUAUACCUGCAUAUAUAUAUUGACCUGAGUAUUUAUAACUGUGUGGUGUUCAUCUAGCAUUAGGCAGAUAAGCCACAGGAAGAAGGUGUGGAGAACCCACCUGGACCAGAUGGAGACUCAGUCCAUCUUUGGGGGCAGAAGGACUUGACAUGCAAAGAAGCCAGUCCCGUGACUUUGGAUGACAACCCACCUCCUGGGUUGGACGGAUCUCUGGGCUUGUGGAUAAAUGGAGAGCCACCUGUUGUCAGCUUUCCCCGAACCUCUGAGUGAUGUGGAUUCUGGGUAGCCCAGACUCAGAAAGGACAGUUUGAACCAGUCUGAAGAGGUACAGUUCAUGGAGGAGAGACUUGGAGAGUUCCACUGGGCAAAGAGGCACAAGGAGACCAAACAUCAGAGGUCACAACAGAGCUGAGGACCUUGUCCAUGAACUUGAGAGCGUAACUGGCCGACGUUCACAUGGGUUGUGCCUGUGUCCCAGUCAGGCCUUCACAGUUCCAGAGAGAGGCUGGAGGAAACUCAGUGGAGAGCCCCAUAGCCUGACUGGACACGUACCCUCCAGAACUUAGUAGUGUGGAGCAGCAGAUGGUCCUAAAGAGGUAGAGUGCUAUAAAUCAUGGUUUUAGAAACCUGAGACUGUCUAGGGGGUUGCUCCACCUCAGAAAAGGACAAAAGAGUGUCUAAAAUAUGGUCAUUUUGUUGGGUGUGCUUUACAGCAACUGAAGCCCACUGAGGAAGUGAUCCUAGGGCAUCAACUUCCAGGUUAGCCUUUGUCCCAUCCUCUAAGAAUGUCACAUGAGGGAACUCUACUGUCCUAUCUACCACCAGAAAGACACAGCAAAUGCUUGAAAGGGCACAGUCACCAUAGGGAUCAUCCUGUUCACAACAUAUAGCAUCGCCUUUCUAGGCACCUCACAGAGCCCCAGACCCGGACUCUGGGAAGACUGUGGAGCACCCGGUUGUGGGUCAUUAUAGUCACUCUCUGUUUGCUUUCUGCACCCUGCACUCUGAGGGUCCCCUGCAGCCAGACCACUCUGUCAGCAUCACCUUCUUGUCACUUCCCCAACUUGACAGUCAUCCCUGACCACACCAAGCUCCACCAUGGAGAUUUUCAGCUCUUCUGUGAAAGGUUCCAAUGUCCACUCUACACACCUGCUGACCCCCACCCCCCACAUAAGCAAUGACUGCAAAGUUUUUGCAAAAUCUUUUCCCCCCUCUAUGAAGAUUCACACUUAAGACUUAUUUUUCUUGUAAAAAGCCCAAAACUAAACACAGUUCCGAACACUGGAUAUAAUCUCCAAGGGAAAUCUGGGCUCAAUGCCAAUAAUGUAGGGGUUGGACUUACAGGUCACACACAGUAAAGCCAUAUCCAGCUUGAUUUGUUAGAUGCAGUCCCUCGCCUGAUAAAUAAUGUUUUUUUAAAACAUAUUUGAAAGAUAAGGAAAAAAACUAUUAUCUUGAAGGUGAAUAGAGUUAAGAAAAGUAAUCAAGAUCUGCUCCCAAGCAUAUGAGGCCUGACGUAAUUAAUCAACAGCCAUUCAGAACAUAACAUUUGCUCUCAAUUAAUGGCUGAUGGGAAAUGAGCAGAGACAAUGGAGGGACACCCUGGAACCAUUAACCCUGUGUACAGUCCUUCCAGCCCCAAGUCAAGAUGAGGACUGUACAUCUCCAUGUUUCUCUCUUUAUUCUUGUUACAGUAUAAAGCGUGUGGUUUGGGAUUUGCAUCAUAAAAUGAAUAUUUAAAAAAGCAACAGCCCUAACAGCCUCCCUGGGAACUGAGUGGUUCAGCCUCCUCGUGAGCUGUGGAAAUAAUUAGUAUCAUAUUUUACAUGUCUCCAGAGCCUUUCAUCUUAAGGAUCUCAAAGGCUCUAGAAGACAUUUAAUUUCUGAAGUUUGCAGUGCCCUGGAGGAAUAGGUAAAGUCACCAGCAGGGCCUUGCAUUAGUAAAGCCCUUGGAUGUUAGAAUAGUCCAUGUGGAAUCAUGAAGAAGGCCCAGAAGUCAGGUUCUGGAGGUGACCCUGAACUCCACCCAGCAUCCUCUCUCUCUCUGCAGAGGAGUUAGAGGGCCAGUCGUCAAACCGGACUUAGGCAGGCUAUAACCUGAUUGGAAAAAGUCAGCAACCUCAGGACUACCCAUAUAUGCCCUUUCCCUAACUCAGCAGGCCUUAGGCUAUCUAUCUAAAUAAUCUGGGCAUAUAGCAGCAAGAAUCUAUGAGCCUUAGCUUUCCCUCUCCUUCUUCUCCAGCUAAACUCACAGUCAGCAGCCAAGUGUCCUUUACUGCCUACUGAGAACUCACUGGGGCUGGGUUCCAUUAACCUAGGCUGGCUGACCUUGGCUGGCCCCCAGGAGGCCCAGCCUGCACUCUUAACCUGAUUGCUGCCACCAUAGUCAACCAUAGCACCCCAUCAGCCUCAGCCAGUCCCCACUACUUUUGGCUAUCAGUCACCUUCUCAGUUCACCCACCUAAGUCUGACAGACCUCCAUUUACUUGGAGCUUCCAAUGACUCCAACCUUAGCCUCUGCCAUCACCAAAAAAAAAAGGAAGGAAGAA